AAAAUAUGAAAGUAACAUUCCGUUACCUGCACGUAAUCUUCACCUUUCAGAAGUCCUCCUUUCCUCUUGGCUUCAUACUGAGGCAAGAAGCGCCUCUCGCAUCAAUGGAUUUGCGUAAAUGGGUUUGGAGAGUGUGCACAGUGGCUGGCUUGAUGUUCAUUCUCAAUUCUCAAGGCGAAUUAAGCUGGGAGGUGCCUCGCUUUGACGGCUGGUACAAUAGUUUGGCACAUCCCGAGCGCGGAGCCGUCGGUUCUCAUCUGGUGCGCCUCGUGCCCGCGCGCUACUGGGACGGAGUCUACCAACCUGUGCACGAGCCUGUCCAGCCGAACGCACGCGGGCUGAGCAGGCUCCUGGCCGGGGGCCCUUCCGGUCUGCCCUCAGCGCGCAACCGGACCGUCCUGUCCCUGUUCUUCGGUUAUCACGUUGCUUUUGAAAUUUUCGACUUGAGAGCUCCUGGUUGUCCACCUCAGUUCAUGAACAUCAAAGUCCCUAAAGGGGACCCCGUCUUUGACCACAAUGCAACUGGGAAAGUACUGCUGCCGUUCCAGAGAGGACAAUGGGACAAACUGUCCGGCCAGAGUCCCAGCAACCCUCGUAUCCAGGUGAACUCUGUGACUGCGUGGAUGGAUGGGAGCUCCAUUUAUGGUCCUUCCUCUUCUUGGUCUGACUUCCUGAGAAAUUUCUCUGGAGGACUCUUGACUUCAGGGUCUGAGUGGAACAUGCCAAAUCAGGGAGGGGGACGAAAUUUCAUGUGGAGCGCUCCUGAUCCAUCCACUGGAGAACAUGGACCACGGGGUCUUUAUGAGUUGGGAAAUGCCUGGGCCAACGAGAACUUGUUCACGGCAGCAGAGGGGAUUAUCUGGUUUCGCUAUCACAAUUAUAUAGCCACAAAGUUGCACAAGGAGCACCCGGAGUGGUCAGAUGAGAAGCUGUUUCAAAACGCCAGGAAGACCGUAGUGGCCACCUUUCAGAACAUUGCUCUCUACGAGUGGUUGCCAGUAUUCCUCGGAGACAAAAAACUUCCCCCUUAUCCAGGCUACCAGAAGUUUGUUGAUCCAGGGAUCUCUCCUGAGUUUCAAGCUGCUGCCAUACGCUUUGGUAUUACUAUGGCGCCACCUGGUGUUUACAUGAGAAACAGAACGUGUCACUUUCGAGAGAGUAUCAAUAUCGAUGGCAGUACAUCACCAGCAAUGCGUCUCUGUAACAGCUUCUGGAAGCGGCAGAGUGCCAACCUGAAGAUAAGUCAAGAUGUCGAUGAGCUUCUGAUGGGCAUGGCAUCUCAGAUUGCAGAAAAAGAAGACAACAUUGUUGUGGAGGACCUCAGAGACUACAUGUAUGGACCUCUGCGAUUCAGCCGCACAGAUCUGGUGGCUUUGACCAUCCAGAGAGGGAGAGACUUUGGUCUGCAAAGUUACACUGAGACGAGAAGAGCUCUGGAUCUGCCUCCUGUAAAGACGUUUGAAGAAAUCAACCCUGAGCUUAGCAGCAUCAACCCACAGCUGCUGCGCGAUGUUGCAGAGCUGUACGGCGGAGACAUCCUGAAACUGGAGCUCUUCCCUGGAGGAUUGCUGGAGUCCACUGACGGUCCUGGUCCAGUUUUCUCUGCCAUAAUCCUUGAUCAGUUUGAGCGCAUCAGAAACGGAGACCGCUUCUGGUUCGAGAACAAGCAGAAUGGGUUGUUUACAGAUGAGGAGAUCCAGACAAUCUGCAACGUCACAUAUCGUGAUGUCCUUAUAGCGGUCACAUGUGCAGAGCCCACUGAUUUACAAAGCAAUGUGUUCUUAUGGAUGAAUGGUGACCCCUGUCCUCAGCCCACACAGCUGGAUGCAUCAAUGCUGCAUCCGUGCACCAAUGCUACAAAACUUAAUUACUUUGAUGGAAGCCAAGCAGGCUUUGGGAUCUCCAUCAUUGUUAUGUGCCUCUUCCCUGUUGUGAGUUUUAUGGUGGCAUGUCUGGUCGCGUGUCUUCGGAAGUACAGGUACAGGAAGUUUCAGAGAAGAAAAGGAAAAGCUGGAGACAAAACAGAGGAGCCAACUCUGGGGAUCUCUGCAUAUGAGUGGCAGGGUCAUAACAAACAACUCCAUCCAGUCAGUGUAGAGAUUGAAAACAGGAAGGUGCAGGUGUUUGACAGAUCUGGGGCCAUGCACCGCUCCCUCAGUCUAAGAAACCAGGACUACUUGGAUGUCUUUCUUUCCAGCAAUCAUUGCCAUAAAGCUCUGCUGCUCAAAGUACCUAAAGAGUAUGACCUGGUGCUUUUUUUUGAUGAUGAGAGUAAACGUUCAGAGUUCAUAAGCCAACUGCGCCUGGAGCUUGAAGACAUGAGACAGGAGAUUAGAGUGAAGGAGAUGAGAGAGAGGGAACUGCUGAAGGAGGCUCUAACCAAAGAGCAGAGGGCUCAGAUUGUGGAAACUUUCAUUCGCCACGCUUUCUCCAAGGUUUUGGAGAUAGAGAAGUGUGAUGCUGGAGACAUGAGCGGCAUCUCCAGAAAACGAGCCAGAGAGGUUCUGCAGUGCGAACUGACGGCGUCAGAGUUUGCUGACGCGCUCGGACUGAAGCCCGACUCCUUAUUUGUGGACUCCAUGUUCACGCUGGCUGAUAAAGAUGGAAACGGUUACCUCUCUUUUCAGGAGUUUCUUGAUGUUAUUGUCAUCUUUAUGAAAGGGUCUCCGGAGGAAAAAUCCCAGCUCAUGUUCUCCAUGAAUGAUAUUGGUGGAACUGGUUACUUAUCGAAGGUGGAAUUUGCCAGGAUGCUCAGGUCUUUCAUUGAAAUCUCCAACGGUGUACUGUCAAAGGCACAGGCAGAGGACGGCAUCAAGGCCAUGAUGCAGGCUGCAGGCUUUGAUAACAAGGAGAAAAUCUCAUGGAGGGACUUUCACUCCCUUCUGAAGGACCAUGAGAAAGAGCUACAGUUCGCUCAACUCAACGUCAAAGGGAUGGAGAAACAGGGGAGGAAACGCCUGAGUCGAGACCAGAGAGUGUCCUUCAUCCUUCCAGCAAACAGCAGUAUUAAAUCAGAAGGCCUGGAGCUACGAAGACGGAAAAAGUUAAGCAUUAAGGCCCCAGCUGUCUAUGUGAAGCCUAAACGUGAGCAGUACAUCAGGAACCCUGUUCAACAGACAGUCCAGCAGUUCAAACGUUUCAUCGAGAACUACCGUCGUCACAUUGUUUGUUUCAUCAUCGUGUUUGGCAUCACAGCCGGCGUGAUCACUGAGAGAUCCUACUUCUAUAGUUCACAGGCAGAAGCCACUGGUGUGCCUGAGACCACUGUGAUGGGCAUCAUAGUCGCUCGCGGCACAGCGGCUGGAGUCUCCUUUCUGUAUCCCUACAUCCUUCUGACUGUGUGCCGUAACCUCAUCACGCUGCUAAGAGAGACCUUUCUGAAUCGUUACAUCCCCUUCGACGCUGCCAUCGACUUGCACCGCAUCAUGGCCAUGACUGCCGUCGUCCUCUCAGUUGCUCAUAGUUUGGGCCAUGUGUUCAAUGUCUACAUAUUUUCCAUCAGUGACCUCAACAUCCUUUCCUGUCUGUUCCCAAAUGUCAUAGCCAACAAUGGGUCUGAAAUCCCUCCAAAGUGGUACUGGUGGUUUUUUCAGACUGUCCCAGGCAUCACUGGUGUCCUGCUUCUCUUUGCCUUUGCGUUCAUGUAUGUUUUUGCCUCUCACUACUUCCGUCGCAUCAGUUUUCGGGGAUUUUGGGUCACUCAUUACCUCUACGUUGUUGUGUACAUUCUGACUGUCAUACACGGCAGCUACGCUUUGCUCCAGGAGCCACGUUUCCACGUCUACCUUAUCCCGCCCAGCCUGCUCUUCCUACUGGACAAACUGAUCAGCCUGAGCAGGAAAAAGGUGGAGAUCCCUGUUGUCAGAUCAGAGCUGCUGCCUUCAGGUGUGACACAUCUGGAGUUCAAGCGCCCACAGGGCUUUGUGUACCGUUCGGGCCAGUGGGUUCGGAUUGCAUGUUUGAUGUUGGGCACAGAUGAGUACCACCCAUUCACUCUAACAUCGGCCCCUCAUGAAGAGACCCUGAGCCUGCACAUCAGAGCUGUUGGACCAUGGACCAGUCGGCUCAGAGAGCUCUACACCGAGGAGAGCCUCCUGGAGCUUGGUUCUUAUCCAAAACUCUACUUGGACGGACCGUUUGGCGAGGGCCAUCAGGAAUGGAACGACUUUGAAGUGUCUGUUUUGGUGGGGGGAGGAAUAGGGGUCACACCGUUCACCUCCAUCCUCAAGGACCUGGUGUUCAAGUCCUCCAUCAAGUCCAAGAUUCUGUGUAAAAAAGUUUACUUCAUCUGGGUGACCCGCACACAGCGUCAGUUUGAGUGGGUCUCAGACAUCAUCAGGGAGGUGGAGGAAUUGGACACACAGGAGCUGGUCUCUGUCCACACGUACAUCACUCAGGUGGCCGAGAAGUUUGACCUGCGCACCACCAUGCUGUAUGUGUGUGAGCGCCACUUUCAGAAGGUGUGGAACCGCAGCCUCUUCACGGGCCUGCGGUCCGUCACCCACUUCGGCCGCCCGCCCUUCAUCUCCUUUUUCAGCUCUUUGCAGGAUGUUCACCCUGAGGUCAGUAAAAUCGGUGUGUUCAGCUGCGGACCACCUGGACUGACCAAGAACGUGGAGAAAGCGUGCCAGAAGAUGAACAAGAAGGAUCAAGCCCAUUUCAUUCAUCACUAUGAGAACUUCUGAUCAGUUCUGAGCUUUCGAUUGCAAUGUUGCACCAACAACACUUAUAAUGAGCAAUAUUUUAACACAAAAUUAUAAUCCACUUGAUUAAACAUGUUUUUUUUUUUUUUGCAGCUUGGUUCUCUAACCAAAAAUGUGAUUCUUACAUUGAAUACAGCCAGGAACAGGCAUAUUUGCAUAUUUUCAUGAUUUAAUUUUCCAGUCUUUCAUGUAUUCAUGAACUGAACAAUUUAUUUGCUUGAUGUAGAUGUAGAUGUAAAUAGACCUAUGCCGUCAUUGCUUGCUAAUGUACCAACCUGUUUUAAAUCAGAGUGUACUGAAUGAUCAGUUUUAAUACAAUGCAAAUGUAUUUGGUUUGAAUUUUUGGAAUGAGAUCAUAUUUUAAAAA